AAACCUUUUUUUCAUCCAGUCGUCUUCGAUCGAUCUUGCUUGUGAGGUAACGAGAUGCCAUAGAAGACGAAGAGAAAGACAUUGAAAGAUUGUAUACGGCACUUUGCUCCAGCGCGGUUCGCUGCAAUCAUGGGCAUAUCUCAUCUGAACUCAUCUAUUUACUUGCGCUAAUGUUGUUACAAUACUAGGAACCGGAGCUAUUUCACACAACUUCCCCUAUGGUGCCGACUCGCCAGCCAUGAAGACAUUCACCUACUUGUUCUUCUUCCUCAACCUCGCAUUAUUGGUCCUCUUCAAUGCCUUCACCGUCUCUAGAUACCUGUUAUCCCCUGACAUCUGGUCAAUAAUGCUUCAGCAUCCGGUUCAGAGUUUAUAUGUCGGAUGCUACCCUAUGGGAGCUACCACUCUCAUCAAUAUCGCCGUAGGGCUGAUAUACCAGGAGGAUGGCUUCGGAGGCAGACACUUCGUUUGUCUCAUUAAAAUUCAUUUGGGGAUUCUGUGGUUAUGCUAGCUGAGAGUCGCGACGAGCGUAACUUGCAAAUGUUCGUUCCACCUCAGAUAUCGAUGCCCGGCCUGGACGACACAAGUUAUGCGACUCAUUCUGGUUUAUCGCCAUUCUCGUAUCUCUACUCUGAGUCCAAGCACCUCGGAAUUAUGGUCACAGACGCUCUCAUUGCUCGUGACGUCACGGUGCAACGCCUCCAGACCGCCGUCGCUUCCAUUCGGGACAAAGAACUUACUAUUGCGACGCUAGAGCGCGAGAAGAAAGAACUUCAAUUACUGAGUGAUCUGGGCAACGUUGUACUCGACGAAAACAAGGCGAGUCCGCUUCUGAAGGAGAGAACCGAGUUACUAGACAAGAUCGACCAGCUCGAGAAGUCGAAAGCGAGCCUCCUUCAGGAACUUAUAGAUCAGCAGAAGAACGAUAUGAAGCGGAUGGUUGGAAGUCCGAUGCUUAGUCCCAAUCUAGCGAGUGCCAGUGUUUCACCUCGUAUUCCUGCCAAGGACAGUCACGAUGAACGACUCGGGGAACGCUAUGCAAUCCUUUCGGAACUUGCUAUUCCUAUAGACAUGCCUUCGGAUACUCUGCUUCCCAUCGUGAUACCUCCACCUUUCAAUGUUCAUGAUUUCAUUGGGACAGUGACAGGUCCAUUCAAAAGCCAAUUAGCAAACUACCGUGUCUUCCAAGAGUACACUACUUCAUGGUGUCCCGACCGUGAAGAACAUGGUUACUUCCUCUCGCCUGUGUUCAAAUGCAUGACGAAUCCUCGUGCGUCUACUGCCCAUCGUUGGGUAGUGGUUGACCUUGCUUCCAAAAUGAAUCAAUCAAUGGAAUGUUUCUACAAUAAAGAAGGAAAAUGGUACUAUGCAGGCGUUUACAAAGCAUUCAGACUUGACGAUCUCUCGACCUCGGAGUGGGAUAAAUUGACUCCAGAAGCAUCGCAAGCUGUGAUCAAGGAGACACUCGCCGCUCGAAAGGGCACUUCUCCCCAGAACGGCUACGAAACAGGUCAACUAUAUGCAGCGGGCGCGCUCAAGGUUGCCUGUAUUGGCUUGCAAUGUAUCGGUUUCGACACUGCGUUGUACAAAGGAUUACUCGAGCAAGCGGACGUAUGCAGCAAGAGUGGUCGAUGGAGAGCCCCGCCUGUAGCUGGUUUAGGCAACCAGAAGGGAUGAAGAAUGUACUUUCAAGCACAGUUGAACUGGGCAAGGGAAUCGGGUUAAUCAAUGUGUAACGUUGGUGUGCAUGGGGUAUGUAUGGUUCCCUUUUUUUCUGUGAUGGACUCAAUACUCUGUUGCAACGACCGAACACUUCUUAAUCAUGCGUGUUGUUUGUGAUAUUUGUUUGUAUGCAUUGUUUCAUGUCUCGCCAAUACCUGUGAAUCUGUACUGUACAAACGAAUAACACAUAACCUAUAUAUC